AUGUCGGACGAUUCAGUCCUAAUCCACCUCCCCCUCGCCUCCCCCGGUCACAACGCUCCCGCCACCAAAAUGUCUCUCGACGAUCCCUCCGCACCGAUUUCCCUCUUCGCGCCGCAAAUCAGCCCCGCGCCGCCCCUCUGGGCGGCGCUCGACGCCAUGCACGGGCUCGACCCGGGCGGCGCGAGCGCGUGCUUCACCUCGUCGGAGCGCCUCUCCGACACGGAGUUCGCCGACGACUUCGAUCCGUCAUCUCCUCCCGGCCCGUCAUCUUUUCUGACGGCCGCCGACGACAUGGAGGCGCGCCUCUCCCGCCCGUCCCCGCACACGCGGAUCCCGGAGGCGGAAACUCCGCGCAAGAGCGGGGGCGGGGGGGCGGGAGGGGACGGCGCAGGCGGAAUGUGCUGGUCGCCGGCGUGGCUGCCGAGCGAAGACGACAUUUUCAACGACCCAAUCAGCGGCGACAGCACAAUGCUGCACGAUGCGCCGCCUUUCGCGGGAAACAGCGGCGGGAGCGGCGGAAGCCGCGGCUACCAAGGAGAAAGCGGACCGGGGAUGGGCACUGGGGCGAUGUCCGCCGGAUCUGGCGGCGGGAAUCGCGGGAUGGGGGGUAUGAGUGGCGGGAAUAGUCCGUUUGGAGUUAAUCUGUCCGGGACGGACUCGGCGGGUCUGCUGCUCUCGCGCACUUCGCCGAUGCCCGGGAUGACCGUGCAGGAUCUAAUCAUGGCCGUCGAUUCGGUGAGCUUCGCCACCCCUGCGCCGCACGGCAGCCGCGCGAUCGGCGGCGGAUCGGACGGCGGGUCGUUCAACAACGCCCUUUCGUACACCAACGGGCCGUCUAGCAACAACGCGCCGUCAUCUUACACCAAUGCGCCCUCCUACACUAACGGCCCGUCUUACCCCGCCAACCAAUCACCGGAGCCUUGGUCCCUCACCUCCUAUUACGACACGCCCGUUUCCGAUAUCCUCUGCGAGACCGGCCAGGCCUCCACGUGUCCGUCUUCCAUUGGCCCGUCGUCCACAUCGGAUGUUCGUGUCUCCCCAACGCCUCAGAGCGACCUGUUUCCGGGAAAUGCUGGUCCCGCUCCGAUUGCCUGCUCGCCUAGUACUUAUCGCGGGCUGGCUUAUAACGAGGCUCGGCGGGCAGUGCGGGGCAACCUGAUGGACCGUCUCAACGCGCGGGAAAACGACACGCGGCCGCUGGAUGCGCCGCAGCAGCCGCUUCUGCAGCAGCAGCAGCAGCAGCAGCAGCAGCAGCCGCAGCCGCAGCCGCAGCAGUACAACCCUAGCAGUCAACAGCAGCAGAUGCAACAGCCGCAAUCGCAGAUGCAGCAACAGCAGCAGCAGGCGCAGUACGGCAGGCCACCCUUCUCCUCUCCUGCCCCUGCCCCUGCUCCUGCUCCUGCUGCUGAUGCUUCUGCUGCUCCGAACGCUCCUAGAGCUUCUUCUAACUCGCCAUCACUGGCAGCAGCAGCAGCAGCAGCAGCAGCACCAGCGGCGGCAACAGCAGCAGGGUCGCCUGCUUUCUCCAACGCCAGCACCCCUGUUAUUGCCGCCGCCGCUGCUCCCCGUGCUCCGCCCACUCCCCUCUCUCACGCGCCCCUCUCCCUCCCUGCUUCUCGCUUCGGCAGCGGCGGCAACGGCAGCAGCAGCGCGUAUCAGAGCAGCAACGGCAGCACCCCACACAGUAGUGGCGCUCCCUACAGCGGCAGCCACACCCCCAGAGCAGCCCGUCCCCAAGACGUCAGCAGGCAUGCCAGCAGCACUGGCAACGCACCCAUGACUGUGAAGGAAGAAGCGACCGGGGCAGGCUCACCUGGGGGAGGUGCAGGUGCCUCUAGAGCAGGUGCAUCUGUGGACCUGACGUGCGAGGAGGACGAAUUGAAACUGAGCCUGGAUGCUGCAGAGGAGACUGAGGGUGGGGGGGCAGCAGCAGGAGCAGGAGGAGGAAAGGGAGGCGUAGUCAAGCAAGCAACAUUGACGAACGACCCUAACCCCGCAGGGCACAGCGACACGGUGAUGCAGCUGCAGUACGCGGGAGGCAACGGGCCGCUGGGCUUUGGAUACAAGAUGGUUCCGCGCAGCGCUUCAAUGUCCACCACCCCUUCCUCCCUCCCCUCCCUGGGCGCUGGCGGUGGCUCAUCAGCAACAGGUUCGGCCUCAGCUGCUGCUGCUGCUGCUGCUGCACAAGCGGCACGGGGAGCGGGCGACAUGGGCGGGUUUAUGGAUGAUAUGGAGGAGGAUGAUGACGAUGACAUGAUGGGGGGAGGAUCAGGGUACAGCCGCAAGCGGGGGUUUGUGCAGAACGCUGCGGCGUCCGCAGCGAGGAAGAGGCGGCACGACAUGAACCACCGCGUCAAGCGCCUGCUGGACCUCGUGCCCGUCUCCAAUAAGAGGGACACGGCAGCCAUGCUGCUGGAGGUGAUACAGCUAGUGCAGUCCACCAUCGCUCAGAUCAAGGAGAUAACGCUGGGAGAGGACUGCCCGGCCGCGGAGCGUGCAUGUGGGGUGUGCAAGGAGGAGCCGCUCUCGUCCCUCACCCACCACGCUCCUGCCUCCUCUGGUAUCAGCCUCGCUGCCUCCGCUGCAGCCGAGAAACAACAGCAACAGCAGCAGCAGAUGACGGCCAGCCAAUCAGGAGCUGCCAGCACAUUCUCAAACAGCACUCCCGCUGCAGCUGCCGCCGCCGCCGCUGCCCCUGCUGACUCGCAACCUCAGCAGCAGCAGCAGAGCGGGGCACUAGCACCAUCAACAGCAACGUCUGCAGCUCCUGUGGAGAACUCACCCAACUCGAAGCAGAGCGCCCGGGCGGCGCAAGCUGCGAAGCUGAGGAUGAGACGGAAGAUGCAGCAGGCGCGGCUGGAGGCGGAGCGGAGAGGCACGGGGGGAGCGGGUGCAGGAGGGAAAGAUGGUGGUAGUGGUAGGACUGGAGCGAGUGGUGGGAGUGGAGGGAAUAAGGGGGGUGGAGGUGGAGGUGGUGGUGGUGAGAGGGAGAAGGGACCCAUGAAGACUCUGGCAGUGAGAGGGUUUGCUAUUGUUAGUGCUAAGUGUGCUAAUAUUGUGGCAGCUAAGGUAGUGGUUCCGGAUUUUCAGGUGUAG